AUGGGUGACUCUAGACUUUGGGGUAAGUUGUUAGAGGUUAGAGAGCAUGCUAAGGAGACCUUCAUCUGGGAGCUUGGAGAAGGCCAAAUUAGUUUCUGGCUUGAUAGGUGGACUUGGAAUGGUGAAAUAAUCCAAGGCUCUACCUCUAUCCCCAAUCCACAUGAUAUGGUCAAAGAUUACUGGAAUGGGAAUCAGUGCAAUUACACUCUUCUCUAUAAUAUUCUCAACAGUGAGCAGCUGCAUUUGGUCCAGCAAACUCCUAUUUAUCCUGAUCAAAGAGAUAAGAUUGUUAUUAAAAAUGCCAAUUCUCAGAAAAUUUCUUCUUUUAUCUAUCAAACCCUCUUUCAUUGGCCUUCUGUUCACUGGGGCACUGACAUUUGGGGGAAACACCUAACCACUUCUACGUCUUUCUUCAGUUGGAGAUUAUGGCUUUCUAUGCUCCCAACAGAUGAUAUCUUGAAAAUGAAAGGACUGAGGGGACUUUCUGUCUAUUUUCUGUGCCUUAUGGAGGAGGAGACCUUGGAUCACCUCUUCCUCUUCUUUAAAUGUAACUUUUCUCAAAAAGUUUGGACUGAGUUAUUGACCAAGUUCAAAAUGGAUACAAUGAAUCUCAGCUGGUCCAACUUCUACAACUGCCGGGAAGAGUGGAAACAGAUCAAUUUACAGGUUAUUCCUUGUAUAGAUGCUUGGUUUAUAUGGAUGUACAGAAAUAGUGUUAAAUAUGAAGGUUCUACACCUCUUGCUAAAGUUGUGACUACACAUUACACUUCUUACCUAUAG